CAGACCCUGUGCGCGCGACAUUUUAUAAACACAUGCCGUAUAUUCAGUCAGGCGCCUUCUUGAACAGCCCUCUGGCUUUCUGUCCAUGCAGGACCCCACAGUCCACUAUGGCGGCGCCCAGUGCGACUUUAAACUGUGAGGACUUUUCAAUGUUCCAGGAGGUGCUGAAGGUGAUGCGUAACAUGGAUGACCGCAUCGUCCACGGACUGAACACCACCGUGCCCACAGUUUCCUUCUCAGGCAAAGUUGAUGCCACACAAACAUGCAAACAACUGUAUGAAUCUAUGAUGGAGGCCCAUCUGAGCAGAGACCAAGCUAUCAAGGCCUGUAUAGCCAAAACAUCUGCGGUGGUGGGACAGCUGCGUGAGGAAAGAGCAAAAGACGGCGAGGACCUGGCAGUCAUCAAACAACUCAGGAAGGAGCAGACCAAACUAAAGAUGAUGCAGUCAGAGCUGAAUGUUGAAGAAGUUGUCAAUGAUCAAAGUCUGAAGGUUUUCGGUGAAAGGUGCAGAAUCCACUACACGCCUCCGAAGGUGAAAUGAAGCUCUGAGUGAGAUCAGCUGCUUCACUGGAGGUUCAAACCCAGACUGGAGCUGAGACUGUGACUCCUGCCUGCAGGCGCUUCACCAGACAGACCUCUCUGACCUCUCUUCCAACACACUUACAGUAUAUUCCUCUGUGAUUAUUGUAUUGCAUUACCAUCGCUGUAAAACUGUCCCCUGUGUGCUUCUUUAAUGAGAAUCAUUGUACAAAAGGAGUUUUUUUAAAUGACAGUGAAAUGUU